GGCCGCGGUGAGGAGGGGAAGAUGGCGGAGUGAGAGGAAGAGGCGGAGGGGCUGGGCCGGCCGCGGCCCCGCGGCCUUGGCCGCGCUCAGAUGGGAUGUCUCCUGAAAUUGCAGAAGGAUGCACCCGAGGACCUACUAACUAAGGUGCUGAUAAUGCAAGCCCUUCUGAGAGCCCUGUCCCUGCUCUGUGAUGGUCUGUUUUUCCUCACCUUCGUGAUAAGAAUAAGACUUUCCCAUCAGUUGUGGGCAUGGAUACUCAAGCUCAUGAUCCGCUGAAAUAUUUGCGUGCCUCAUGAAGAAGGUGAAAGGUGAUGGCGGUGUGCUGUAUUGCCAUUUUCAUGGCCUACUCGCUACUUCUAAUAUAGGAGUUGAAAAAUAUUACCUGAAGAUUGUUUCUGAACAACUAAAGGAGUAAGGCUGUUUCUGUUCUAGUGAACAAAACCCUGUCCUUCACUUUCAUGGAGCUGGAUGAACAAAGAUCUCUUCCCUUCUUGUGUCAGCCAUCUCACCCAACAUUUGAUUCCUGAGAUUACGUCUCCUACAGAAGGAACCUACUGCUUCAUCAGAACUCAAAAGCAAAGUAACAGAAGUCAGCAUUAGUUUACCUGAAGAAAUGUCUUCAGUGCCAGCUCUUCAUUCGGCUAUCUGCGCUCUGUUUUAAAAUAAGAAAAAACUUUGCAAUCAGAUGCAAGUGGAAGCUGGUGUUCUUCACUGAUAUCUUCCUCAUUUUCAGAAGAUAAGUUCUUCACUGUGUCAUAUUGAAAUUCCUGACAUAUAAAGUAUCUGCAUGCAUUGCCAUGUAUGCAGAGAGAAACCAGGACAUACUUUCUGCUCUGUUAAGAGGAAGAAACUUUCCAAGCAACUGGAGAAGUCCCACACAUAACAGAAUUCUGAAAAAAGCGUGCCUGCUUCAAUGGACUCUGAACCGAGCUGUCAGCAGGAAUUUAUGCCUAAUCCAGCACGUUUUGUCACAAAAAGAUGUAAAGAAAAGAAAGCAACCAGGAAAAAGAAGAGCUCUGAUAUGGAAGCUAAUGACAGUGAAGAAAAUACAGGGCCCUCUGUUGAGAAGGAGGGGCAUUCUGAAACAAAGGAGAAUGAAGUGCCUCAGGGUGAUUGUGGAAAGGAAAAAAUGGCAUUCCAAAAUGUGGACCAAGUUACUAAAAAAAGAGCUGAUGAGAAUCCAAGCACAGCUACUGCUGAGAAGAAGCAGCCAAACAGGACUUCUAAAAGCACUAGAGCAGAACGUGAUCCUCAUCCUGGAGGACAGAAGAUUCCUAUGUAUGUUGGUGGUGCAUCUAAGCCUGGGAAAACAGGGCUGAAAGCUACUACACCAAACUUUAAAAGGCUGCACGAAGCUCACUUCAAGAAAAUGGAGUCCAUUGCUGAUUACAUUGAGAGGAAGAAAAAAAUGCGUGAGACCUGCAGUAGUUCCCUCAGUGAAGCCAAGAAACACAGCAGUGGCAAAACGUUGUUAUUCAGCCCCAAUCCAGAACGAGGCAGAUUCUCUGGCACCUGCACUCCCAGUAACCUGCGACGCUCACCACGCGGUUUGCUGAACACUGGAAGUCAAAGUAUUUUGCCUAGGAAAUCUUCAUUUAAUCCUUCUGUUCUCUCAACAACCAAAAUGAAUGUCAGGUUCUCUGAAGCCACAAAAGAUAAUGAACAUAAACGUUCUCUUACUAAGACUCCAUCUAGGAUGUCUCCAUACGUGGAAGAGAUCUGCACACCUGACAGCCAGAAGAGCUGUGAACCCCUAAAUGCAAAAAACAGCAAGAGAAGCACGAGAAAUAAUGAUCUGCCUGCAUUAAAGGCUAUUACCCCGUUCAAGUUCGCAGCUCAAUCUGCAGAACCCUCAAGUACGAAGAAGAUAUUUGAUCUCAAAGCAAGUCUUUCAAGGCCGCUUCGGUAUCAACCACACAAAGGACGGCUAAAACCUUGGGGAGAACUUAAGGAAAAUGCUCCCCCAAAGAGGUCUGUCAACAGCAGCAUCACUUCACAUAAGAGAGACUACAAACAGCCACAUCUCCAGACAAGGGAAGACAGGCGGGAGAAGCAUGAGCAGGAGAGAAAAAAGAAGAAAGCUCAGGCUCUUAGAAACCGUAGAGGACUAUCUAUGGGUUAGGUAAAAUCAGAAAUAGCUAGGAUCUCACUUGUAAAUACUGUUUCUCUCAUGUAAAUAUUUGUGCUGUUUGUGCUUCAGAGUAUGGGUCAGGUUGUUUAUUAGCUAGGUAGAAUCCACAGAUGACUGAAUAAGACCUUACAGUGCAUCUGAGCAUAACGUUUUACUAAUCAGCUCCUAAGCUCUUAAAUGUUUAGAACUCUCAUCUCCUUGGAGAACUGUCUCUAGCUGCAGAACUCUCCAGUUGGUUACUGAUAUUUUGUAAUGUUGCUAUGUAUCACACUAUGUAUCUCAUGUAACUAAAAGAUGUCAAAGGAGAAAAGGCAAGUAGGAAAGAGAUGCUCGUGGAACCUCCUAGUAACUUGGUGCAGACUUCACCAAAAUGUUUGUUAUCCACUAGAACGCAUAGUUUGGAUUGCAAGCUUCAAAACAUUCCACUGGUCAAUUAAAGGAAUUGAGAUAUCUGCUUGCUCUGCUCUCCAAGUGGAUCCUUAAAACCUGUAGCAACUGUUCAGUGUGUCCUACCGUAGAUCUGUGAAAUGGUAGGGAAUCUCCAGGGAAAGAAAUACGCAUGCUUUCUGGAAAUCUACAACGUUUACAGAAAACUACAAGGCAUAGCAGAAUUAUGAAUUUUUUUUUUAAGUAAGUUCACAGAUGAAAAGUGGCUUUACAAACCAGUACUGGAUGCUUAGAUCAGUUAUGGUUGGGCUUGGUCCUUUCUAGAAUAAACAGAUGAUUGAAAAAAACAAUUGAAAUACUUCGAAGAUGUUAAGAAGGGUGAGAUGUUUAAAUGCCUUAAAUGCAAAAACUAAUGUUAUUUAAAAAAAAAAAAAAAAAAAGGCUCAGAAAAGCUAUUUGGAUGUGUUAUGGAUGAAACCGUGACUGGAAAGGUAACUCAGCAGUUGUAAUCUCAGCAAAUACUUGUACUUCAAAAAUACAAGGUGAGCAAAUACUUCAGUGCUGUCAUAUCAAAUGCUGAAACAUAAAGCUUAAUUGUUUUUAUAAACCAAAUGGGGGGGGAAAUAAAUUUUUUUGUACAUACCUUGUUUAUUACCAGUUAUCUAUUAUGACUACCUCUUCCUACCUCCUUAGUGUAGCACCAGUUCUGUUUGCACGUUACUCAGUUAUCUCUGAACAGAUUUGUUUCUGUACUGAUUUGCCUGCAUACCCUUUUGUGAAUGCAUUAGUGUUCUGACACCAUUAGGAAAUAUAAGCUUUGCUCCCCUUCUGCUCUUAAUCUAAAUCUGUGCAAGAGGAAACUGCUGAUGCAAGAUGGUGUCAACUUGCUUUGUUGUGGUCUCCGUAUAAGGCAGAGCUAAGAUUAGUUUUUUUAAGGCACAUUUAAGGAGGGGACACUAAAUGAUGUCAAGGCUUUGACUAGACUGUUUGUGACAUCUGAAAUGAAACCAUUCAGCAAUUGUUCUUUAAAGUAUUUCUUAAAUUACUGAGGAUGACAAAAAAGAGG